GGCUGGUUCUUUACAGGCCAACCACAGGAAAAGCAAGAAAUGGACAUUUGGCUCCUGAUUCUUCUGUCCCUUUCCUCUGCCACCGCCAUUACUCUUAUCCUCUACCAAGCCGCCAACCAUAGAACCAAGAAGAGAAGGCUCCCGCCCGGCCCUCCAUCCGUGCCAAUUCUGGGUAACCUCUUCUGGCUCUGGCGUUCCCUUCAAGAGCUGGAGUCCAUCCUCCGGGAGCUCCACUCUCGCUACGGCCCCAUCGUCACCCUCCACGUAGGCUCCCGCCGUGCCAUCUUCAUCUCAGACCGCACCCUCGCCCACCGGGCUCUUAUCGAACACGGUGCCACCUUCUCCGACCGCCUCGCCACCCGUUUCUCCGGCGACACCCAGCGUAUCAUCUCCUCCGCCACCUACGGCCCCCUCUGGCGCCUCCUCCGCCGCAACCUCAUCUCCGAGAUCCUCCACUCACCCCGCGUCAAGCUCUAUGCCCAUGGUCGCGCCUGGGUCCUUCAAGUCCUCACCAAUCACCUCCGAUCCCAAGCCGAUUCAAAUGACGCUGGCGCGGUCACUGCCAUGGAGAGCUUUCAAUUCGCCAUGUUCUGUUUGCUAGUUCUCAUGUGCUUCGGCGAGAAAUUAGACGAGAAGGCCAUCAAGGACAUCGAGAUUGCAACUCGGAGAUUACUACUCUAUGCCAACAAGCUCAACGUCCUCGCCUUCGCUCCAAGAAUCUCGAGGUACAUCUUCUGGAAUAGGAUAAAGACGGCCCUCCAAAUGCGUCAGGCACAGAUAGAGCUGUUUGUCCCCUUGAUUAAAGCUCGAAAAGAAUACAAGAAUCAUCCGCAGCACAAGAACGAAGAAGAAAGGUACGUUUACUCUUACGUUGACUCGCUCCUCGACAUGGAAAUCCCUGAGGAAGGGGGGAGGAAGCUGACCGAAGAGGAGAUGGUGUCCUUGUGCUCGGAGUUUCUGACUGCGGGCACCGAUACCACCUCAACGGCAUUGCAGUGGAUCAUGGCGAACCUUGUGAAGCAUCAAGGCAUACAGGCGAAGCUAUUGGAAGAGAUUGAGCGGGUGGUGGGGAAAGACGAGAAGGAGAUUAAGGAGGAGGACUUGCAAAGGAUGCCGUAUCUAAAGGCCGUGAUCUUGGAAGGGCUGCGACGGCACCCGCCGGCACACUUUGUGGUGCCACACAAGGUGACGGAGGAUGUGACCUUAGAUGGGUAUUUGAUACCACGGAACGCGUCGAUUAAUUUUAUGGUAGCAGAGAUGAGCUGGGAUGGGAAGGUGUGGGAGGAGCCGAUGGAGUUCAAGCCGGAGAGGUUCUUGGCUGGGGGUUCGGGCGAGGGGGUGGAUAUAACUGGGAGUAGGGAGAUCAAGAUGAUGCCCUUUGGGGUGGGCAGGAGGAUAUGCCCCGGGCUCGGGUUGGCCAUGCUGCAUCUCGAAUACUUUGUGGCCAAUUUGGUGAGGGAAUUCGAGUGGAAGGCUGUGGACGGGGAGGAGGUGGACUUGUCCGAGAAGCCGGAAUUUACCGUUGUCAUGAAGAGGCCUCUUCGGGCUUGCAUACUUCCACGGAGACGGCCUUGCGGUGAAGCGCUGUAAUUUGUUGCUUAGACGACACCAAUUCUCUCUCUCUCUCUCUCUCUCGAUUUCGACCUAUGCUCGUUGUUUCUGGAAUUGUAAAACAGGGCACUUUCCACUAUUUCUGUUUAUUUAUAUAUAUAUCUGUAUCUGAUUCCGACCA